UGGUGGUGGUGCUCCUGGGCUGGAAGCAGGCGUGAAGUAGGGCCACAUCAGGGGGAAAUAAGAGUGCAGAGAACUAGAACCAAGAUGGUGCUGGUUACCCUCCACCCUCUUCAGCGAGCCAGGUUCUGCAGGACAGAGGAAGCUGCAGAACAUUGACUGCCUACCUGAGCCCAAGCACUGCCUGAUGCCAUCAGUCCCUGGACUGGACUAAGGAAGCUGGGUUCAUCAGGACUGGCCAUGACCAGUGCAGAAUCCUUGCUAUUCACAUCACUAGGUCCCAGCUCAAGUUCUGGAGAUGGUGAUUGUAGGUUUAAUGAAGAGUUCAAGUUCAUCCUGUUGCCUGUGAGCUAUGCAGUUGUCUUUGUGCUGGGCCUGGCCCUCAAUGCCCCAACCCUCUGGCUGUUCCUCUUCCGCCUUCGACCCUGGGAUGCAACAGCCACUUACAUGUUCCAUUUGGCAUUGUCAGACACCUUGUAUGUGCUAUCACUGCCCACCCUCGUCUACUACUAUGCUGCCAGAAACCACUGGCCCUUUGGCACUGGCCUCUGCAAGUUCGUCCGCUUUCUCUUCUAUUGGAACCUCUACUGCAGUGUCCUUUUCCUCACCUGCAUCAGUGUGCACCGCUACCUGGGUAUCUGCCACCCACUGCGGGCAAUACGCUGGGGCCGCCCUCGAUUUGCAAGUCUUCUCUGCCUAGGUGUUUGGUUGGUAGUAGCUGGCUGCCUCGUGCCCAACCUCUUCUUUGUGACAACCAAUGCCAAUGGAACCACCAUCCUGUGCCAUGACACUACUCUGCCAGAGGAGUUUGACCACUACGUAUACUUCAGUUCGGCGGUCAUGGUGCUGCUCUUUGGCUUGCCCUUCUUGAUCACUCUGGUCUGCUAUGGACUCAUGGCCCGGCGGCUGUAUCGACCUUUGCCAGGAGCUGGACAGUCAUCUUCUCGGCUCCGUUCUCUCCGCACCAUUGCUGUGGUGCUGACUGUCUUUGCUGUCUGCUUUGUGCCUUUCCACAUCACCCGCACAAUUUAUUACCUGGCAAGACUGUUGAAAGCUGAAUGCCAGGUGCUGAACAUUGUCAAUGUGGUUUACAAAGUGACUCGUCCCCUGGCCAGUGCUAAUAGCUGUCUUGAUCCAGUGCUCUAUCUGUUUACCGGGGACAAGUAUCGAAACCAGCUCUGGCAGCUAUGCAGAGGUAGCACACCGAAGCCCCGAACAACUGCCUCCUCCCUGGCAUUGGUGACCCUACAUGAGGAAAGCAUCAGCAGGUGGGCAGACACCCACCAAGACAGCAUCUUCCCCGCUUAUGAGGGUGACAGAUUGUAACCCUGGGCACUGUAUAUGACAGGAAGGGGAAUAGCUGCAGGCAGAGGGGGAGGGAGCUCGUUAGUGACACUUGAUAGGGGCAUCAGUUAUCUUCUUUUUUAGCCAAAGUUUGAAGUAGUUACUCCUCUGUCUCUGCUUCUUUCUCUUUUUCUGUCCCUAACUGGGGCCACUGUUCCUGUUUCUAGAACCUGCUUCCUGUUUCUAGAAUCUGCCGAUUCUGCUUCCCUCAGGUCCUUCCACAGCAUACCUUUCUUCAACCAGAGUAGAGAAUUCAACUAGGGGGCGAAGAAUGGAGCAAUCUCGAGAUGGGCCUGAUGUAUAUAAUGGAGCGAGCCAGAACCAGGAAGCUGGGGUGCUAGCAUAGCACAGAUACCAUACAAGCCACAUGUAGCAUCCACACCUACUUCCUGGCUUCCUCUCAAAGACAAGACAGUCCUACAUGCCAAGGUGCUGAAAUAGGGUACAGGGCAUGUGAGUCUACUUCGCAGGCCCCCACAUACCAGCUCGAAGCCUGGGGUUGUUGAACUGUGGAGCAUCCAUGAAACCAAAUACUGCUCUUGGUUGCUGACCCUAAGGUAUCCCAGGAGGCAGGGUCCAGGUUGAUAACAGCCUUGGAAGCAGGAAUAAGAUUACACCUACCUCUAGGAUUGAGAACACACUUGAUAGCUCCCAUAUGUUUAAUGAGAAGAGGAGUGGACAGCUCUGAAUGAGAAGGAAGAAAACCUCUAGAGUCCAUGGCUCCAAGUUCAAAUACUGACGAGCAAAGCAGGUUUGUGCAGGGCAGGGUGGUGACAGGAAUAGACACCCAGAACUGGCUCUCUUUGCUGCUCUCUCCCCUUUCUCUAGCUCUAGUUAGAUAAAGGAUAAACCUGUCACCAGAUCUUUUUGAAUCAGGCUAUAGGAUUUCAAGGCCAGGGUGGGGCACUUAGUUUCCUACCUGUUCAGUCGUCUUGCCACAGCACUUACAGGUUUGGAGGAUCUGGUGGGUGUAUAGAGCAGAGGAAGCUAAACCCUGAGCUUGAGAAGUAAGAGUUUCUGGGCGGGCUUUCAUGAGAAGGGCAAUCUCUUCUCAGCCUCCUUUCCUGUGAAAUCACCUGGUAGCCUAUUGUUCUUCUGAGUCAGACCCCAACCUUUGCUGCCCUCUGAAAUCUCUUACUCAUCUACACAUACCAAAUUCUUAUUGGCCUCAAGUUUUCUCUCUGUCUGGAGUAUAGGGGAGGGAGGUACUAGGCUAUGAGGAAAACAACAAAAUCAUAAUGCCCCUCUGCUUUUCUUUUUUGUUCUUUAAAUAGAUCUCUCUCCCUUGGAGCACAAGAGUUCUUCCAUUAGAAGUAAAUUAAGUGGACUUUUUGAGUCUUAUCCCACUCUUAUGAGCACAAUCUCCUUGCUCACUGCUGCUAGCCAUAGGCCCCACAUGGUAACAUCAUUCUCUUCAUUACAACUCAUUCAAGCUCCUCCAUCAUCAGGUCCCGUAACUCCAAGCUGCUUAAGUCAAGACUAACUUCCUCCCUUGUCUCUCUACAAGAUCUCACUGUGUACUGCUGUCUAGCCUAGAACUAACUACAGAAACCUGGAUGGUCUUGAACUCAUAGAGAUCCACCUGCUUUUUUUUUUCUUUCCUAUUCCUGGGAUUAAAGACAUGUGCCAGCAGCUGGGUAACUACCUCAGUGUCUCCAUGCUUCGUUCUUAUCUGAGUAGAUGUCCUGCUUUGUCUUUACCACUUUCUUCCCCAUGGCCCCUUAAAGACGGGCCUUGUUCCUUUAUUCCUUUGUCUUCAUCCUUGUUAGUUACUUUCAUCACUGAUUUUAUGCCACCAUUAAAAAAAAAAAAAGACACAACCUUGCUAUCUCAUUUUGCCACCAUUCUGUUAGUGUCUCCUCAUUUCACUACUGCUGUAAACCCAAAUCCGAGUUCCUCCCAUUCUCCUGCACUUAGAACACAAAUUAUGUCCUUGACAAGAACUUUAAUAUUUUCUCUACUCUUAUCCCUCUUUGACAUCUCUACUUCACUUGACUCAACUACAUGUAAUUUUAUAGGUAUUUUUUAAAUAUAAACAUAACAUUGAAAAUAACCUCACUGUGACAACCCUGAAGGAAAUGUGGAGAGAAAAUAAUCACCUAUUUCAACCCCAAACUUCUGUUUUCCACACUCUACAUUUUCUUGGUUUGAAUUCAUGUAUUAUAGAAGUAUAACCACAGUUACAUCUUUUAAAAGUCUGUUUUUUAGGGUAUUUACUACAGCAUGGUGAUGUAUGCCUAUAGAAUCCCAAGAGUUGGGAGUAGACUCAAGAGAGUUAUAAACUGGAAGUUAGCCUAGGCUACAUAGUGAGACCUUUUGUCAAUACAAACAAAUAAGUAUAAUCCUCUCUUAUUGUAAACUUUCUCCAGGUUGAUACAAUCUUUCACAUUUAUUACUUUAAUAGUUACAU